AUGUGCAGCCGCGAGAAGGACGUACCUGCGCUUGCUAGCGACGCGAAGGGUGUGGCAGAUCGCCGUCCGGCCGCGCUUGCGCCGUCGGCGGCCCCAUGUGGCCCCCCACUUACGACGACCAAUGCUAUGGCUAUGGAUUUGAUGGACACAUCUCCGGAAACCAUGAAGACAGCGCUGUCUGCUCCGCUCCCCGAUUCUGAAGAUGAGAGCUCCGCCGCCCCUCAGCCACGCGGACGAAGCGGGAAACAGAAGAGGAGGGCAACAGCCGCGACGUCCGUUGUUCGCAGCUCGCCGAUCGAGAAGAGGGCCAAGCAAGAUUUCGCCCCUGACGCCGAUGGUUUUGUCCCGGCCCGGCGAACUGCACGACGCAUGCAGUCCUCGACGACGCUUCCAACUGCCGUCGCCAACUCAUUCGACGCGCUCGCUGACGCGCCAGACCAACUGACGCGGGUCGCCGACGUUCCGGUUCAGACCGAAGAUCUUCGCUCCCGGAGAGGCCCUGUGCAUUAUCGUGGGUGUGAGGUGUGGAAGCGUGCCAUCGAUUGCCAACGCGGCCAAACGCCAGCGCCGCGUCCGAAGAAACCAGCAACGAGACGGCCCGGCGUCUCUUUCGCGGCGGCAACGUCAGGGGCGCCCUCCGCCGUCCCGGCUGCGUCGGCUGCUCCUGCUCCUGCCGCCUCCGAGGCCGUGCCGCCACCCGCGGCUCCUGCGCCUCCACCACAGCUGCUAGUGGCGGACCCGGGUACUGCCUCUCCCGGGACGUCAGCCGGACCACGCCCCGCCGACCGCCGGCGCGAAGGUUGCCGACCCAUGGGUGCCCAGCGCUCAGCACCGUCCGUCGCGCAGCCCCAGGUGGACUCUCCCAGCGAAGCAGCCACGCCUCCCCCUUCCAGCGACGGGGCCGCGCCGGCUGCUUCCACCGCUGACCUGGCCAACCUCGUCGCGCAGCUCACUGCCCUGGUGACCACCUGGCAGAUUAUAUCGGCGCGAGGUGUGAGGCGGGCGGGACGCUGCCCCGGCAAGUCGCGGCGUGUCAGCGCCGGCUGCCGCAGACAGCCAGCCGUGCUCUGCGACGAGGCGGGGCGGCCGCCGUCACAACAACCCCCGCAGCUGGUGACGCAACCCCGGGCGCGUAGCGACCGGCCCGCUGGGGUGGCUGCCCCCCACCCUAUAAAUCAAAUUCAGGCAUUCUGGCUGGGGAGGACGGCUAACCCACACAGCGCGAGACCCAGCCACGCUAAAUGGGGCCGGUGGUUGCCGGUGCGGCCCAUCGCUCUCUCCCUCCAUCCUGGGAAGCCGCCAGCCCGUGGGAUUCGAAAAUACGGCAUUAAGGGCGGCCGAGCACCGAGCAGCUGGCCGCGCUCCAGGGCUGCCACGACCACCGCUCGUUUGCUUGUCGGCGAACAGGUGGCCAGCCUGGCGGACGCUUUUAGCCCGUGCGUCAGCGCCACCUGCCGGACAGCGGCCGGCGGGCGCUCCUACAUCCUCAGAAAUAGGAAACUCCAGCCGCCGAUGCCGCCACUCGCCACUUUGCGAUUUUGUGUUCCGACGGCGUUGCCGUUCUGGCGUCUCCGCCGCCGUGACAGCUCCAUUGUUUGGCCACUGGGCGCCAGCCUCGGCCCGGAUUGCGGCAAGUGGUCGCCGACGCCGCCGCUGUUGGCAGCCCUGGGCGCCGUGUUUACCCGCGCCGUGGCGCCGCGCCAGCGCUGGCGGCAACUUGUUGCGUGGGACCACCUGGCAGCCGCGGAGGUCGACCCGCGCCGACAUCGUCCGCUGCCCUCCGCAUCUCCACCGGCGCGUGACGUGAUUGACCGCCUCACUGGAGCCCGCGCGGCCGCUGUUGCAGAGAGCAGCCCGGAGCGGCGCGUCAGCCUGGCAGAGGCGCAGCCCGCGGCCGAGUCGGCGUCGGCGUCGGCGCCGGUGUCGGUGUCGGUGGCGCCGCCGCAGCCGCAGCCGCUGGCGGUGUGCCUGCCGCUGCCCGAGCCGGCGCCCGACGACCUGUACAACCUGACGCAGCUGGCCGAGGUCAGCCUCGCCGCCGCCGCGGGCCGCCUCUUCUGCUGGACCGACGCCGACGACCGGCCGCACACUGUGGGCCACGGGCUGCCCCCGGCGCCGGCCGACCGCGCCGCCGCCGCCGCCACCGGGGAGCCCUGCGUCCCGGCACAGCCGACGCCGCCCCCGGAGACCGCCGCACAGCCGCACCAGCCUCCCGAGCUCGUGCCGCCGCCGCCGCCGCCGCCGCCCCCGCAGAGCCCGGCCCACGCGCAGGCGCAGCACGCGUGCCCGGACUGCGGCAAGCGCUACAGCACGGCCAGCAACCUGGCGCGCCACCGGCAGACGCACCGCGGGCCGGCCGACGCCAAGGCGCGCCGCUGCGCGCACUGCGGCAAGGUGUACGUGUCCGUGCCCGCCUUCUCCAUGCACGUGCGCACGCACGCCCAGGCCUGCCGCUGCCCCUACUGCGGCAAGUGCUUCUCCAGGCCCUGGCUCCUGCAGGGGCACAUCCGCACCCACACAGGCGAGAAACCAUUCAAGUGCACCAUCUGCGAAAAGGCAUUUGCAGACAAGUCUAACCUGCGCGCCCACGUGCAGACGCACUCCAGCACGAAGCCACACGUGUGCUGCCGCUGCGGGAAGGCGUUCGCGCUCAAGUCCUACCUGUACAAGCACGAGGAGUCCUCCUGCGUGCGCCUGCACUCACGCGGUCCGCAGUGCGCAGGCGUCGUGGGGGCAGCAUAGGCGGCAGGGGCAGCGGUGGACCCGACCACGUAGUGCGACUGUGAGCCGAUCCUUGUCGGCCCCUGUACAGGCGUGUGAUCACAAAGUGGUCACUGUCGUCGCUACAGAAAAUUCAUAAACAUUGAAAGAAGAGUGCAACAGUUGUAAUAAAAAUGUAGAAGUACCACAUACAAGGUUUUUAAUGCAAAUAACACUACAACAAAACGCACAGCAGUACCUCGUACAGUUUUUUCUCUGCUGUAUUCGGAAUUUCUGAUUACAGCAACACAACGUUUCAGUGAUCAUUGUUCACAUUUAAUAUUACUAUUGCAAUUCUGGCAAUAAUUUCAACUUGUAAAACGUAACGAGAAACUGGGUUCAUCAUAAUGUAAUGUAACUAUAGUAACACAAAUUGGCAGUUCUUUGGUAUGAGGAGAAAAUACGUGACUGUAAAUCUAUCACUGGGUAUUCAUAUGGGUCGAUAACCUGUGCUUCCUAAAAAUGUUACGUGAAUCAAAAUAAUUUGAUGAAAACCGCUGAACGCUUACCCGAUGACGAAUGUGGAUUUGGAGACAGCACUCGUAGUUGUAUUCGUUUCACUGGACUUAUAACGUUCCGUAGUGUGUCGGCUUCAGACGUUAUUACUCGUAGUUAAACGUAAGACUGAUUUCUCUUACCAAAAUGAAGUCUUUGAUCACAAUAAUACACAUAUCCUGCAAGUUGAGACUGAUAUCAUGAAAGUAUGUCUCCAGAAGUGAUCUCACAGCUCUGGUGACGUAAGAGGAUCGUUGUGUUUGUUUUUUUGAUGCACAGUCGUCCAUCAUUCUGACAACUACCGUUUCUGCAGCUACUCUGCAAUCCACUGUACAGAACAUGAUGGUCGUACAUCCUGUAUCCUAGUAACGUUGUAUCUGCUAGAGGGUAUUUUAGGUAAAGAUCAUUUAUUUUUCCCUGGGAUUCCAAAUACAUCGGCGAUGGCGUAACUGUUUUCUAUUUGUUACACUCUACGUACGAUUCGAGUUCAGUUCGCAGCUGUGGGUUUCAAAUCAUUCCUGGUUAUAUGCAAUCAUAACUGUAUCACUCAUAAGUUGUUAAGUUUCUACUUUCCGUAUUAUUUUUGAUAAACGAGAAAAUAACAAAUAUGACUACCAUUCGUCUUUGUGGAUGCAGAAAGCUAUCUAAAUAUCGCACCAAGGAUGAUAUUCGUGGGGAAUCCUCAGUAAUAUCUCAACAAUCCUACUAAAUCUGGCGAUGUUCUGUUCCCACUGUCGCUCGGCUGGAUUUACUAAUGUCAGUCGCGUACAUUUCAGCAGCUGCAUUACUCUAUAGCUGCAUCACUCUAUAAUGAUGUCACUGUACAGAAUACUGUUAUAGAAGAAUUCUAGCCGAAUUCGUAACUCAUAUGCUUAAGAACUGUUAGAUGGUACAAUUUUUCGGUGGCAUACAACAAACAAGGGUCCUCUGUUUCCUCGUAUCUACUGUGGUAACUUCUGUUCUAAUGAUCCAGGAGAUCCUGACAAGAUACCUGCCGAACUUUGAAGACGGCCGUACCAAGAUCUAACAGAUCACUACCUGUUACACAGAAGCAAAUUCAAAUUUCAAAACUGCUGGCGAUAUACAGUGGGUUAUCUUGAAUCAACGUCUGAGAAUUACAUUUGUGGCGUAAUUUAUGAAACUUUGUAAACUUUUCAGUAAUUAGUAAACUGAUUUACAAAAACAUAUCUCAUAGUAUGCAUGCACUAACUAUUUUUUCACUAUUUUUGACUGACCACUGUCAAAUACACGAACAGACGAUCCGUAUUUAUUCCUGUCCCAUGAGAAUUGCCUGAUAGUUCGAUUUCAAGUGUCGCUCUUGUCUUGCUCGUUAGAAAUUCUUUAAAGCCAAAUUAAUUUUGAUUUUAAACGCCUGUGGAACUUAAAUAUGAAUUUACAGCUAUGGCAUUUCUUCCUCAUGCCAAGAUUAAAGAGUGAUUUUUUCCCAUUCCGUCAUAAAAUAGUGACGUACUAAAUAACACAGAUACCUGUAACACGUAUUUUUUUGUAGUAGUAAAAAUGUUUCCUCGAUCUGGGACCAUGUUUUCUGUGAACAGUUGAUAAUUUUUUUAUGAUACGUACUAGCCUGAAUGUAGAAUAAAUGUUUUUAUGAACUGAAUGGAGAUAGUGUAUUUUGAUGUGUAUUUUGUAUACCAAACGUUUUAAUAAGCAAUAUUUUUCUGAAGAUAUACUGACGUUGUUUUGAAGUCUGAUGUGUUGUAGUGUAUUCAUGUGUAUAUUGGACGUUAAAUGUCAAAAGAGAAAUAUUGGAUAGAUGCUGGCUGUUAUUGUUACAUUCAUUAUAUACAUCGUUAGAAAUGAAGUGCUGUGCUGAUAACGUAAACAAAAGUUUAGGAAACAUAAGUUGUAAUAUGUUGCCCUGACUUUUUAGAUGAAACAACAGAUUGAUGUUGCGUUUUCAAAUCAGAGUAAUAUUCACGUUCCAGCUGCAGCCGAGUCUAUAACAGCAAUCUAAUAAAUGUUUCUCUAUUUUAUAUGUGAUAUAUGAAUCACACAAGUACUUAAGGGUAGGUUUGAAAACUGAAAAAUUGUCCUUCUGAGAGCAGCUACGGUCAUAAAGUGUUCUUUUGUAUAUGUUUCGUGCAAAUGCAGAAAAUGUCACCGAAAAACUUGUUAAUGUGUCUAGUGGUAUUGAAACUUAGUGUUUAUUUUUAUGUCAGAUUAUAGUUGUCUGAGUUUUGUUCGUAUCUCUGGAUCCCUUAUUUUAUUUAAUCACCCGACCAUCUAACAGCAAUCUGCAGUGCUUCCUUUCCUUCCAAUGGUGUGCAUAAUUCUCAUUUCGUAAGAAUGCAGCUUGCUGGAGGUAUGACGUUUUUGUCUCCGCAUUCCAGCACUUAGCACCACCAGGAUCCCAAGGUUUCUGGUUAUAUUCAACUGAGUCACUAGCCUUGUACUCCUACAUUUUUAAGCAAUUUCAGAAUGCCAUAAGUUUGAGGUAAAUGUUGUAACAUUGAAUACCGAUAGAAAAACAGUGCCUGCUACUUGAAAUGUGGAACAUACGUUUCAUGAAUUAAAAGCUGGGCUGGGUCUGUAAAUUUAACGUGGUCAGCACUGCAGUUUGCUUCUUUCGGCCGGCGUGUUUACUUCUUUGUUUAUUUUGGUUUCGGACGAGUUCUGCUAGUCGUCGGUGGCGGCGCUGAAGGCUGCCAGCACGGCACCGACUGUAACGUCCUGUGACGAAACCUUCAGUUGCGGUAGCAUAUGGUAGCAUUACGAACUGGCAUCAUAGGAAUGAAAUGAAAAUACGAGAAGAGUUUUCAAAAUCUGAUUUAUAAUAACCGAAAUCUUAAACAAAUGCUGCUACUUUGUGACUAAAAAUAACUCCGAAAAGGUCGCUGUACAGAAGCAGUGUACGAAGUGCUGUCCGAAAGUCCCCGAAGUAUAUUAAUUAAAAUUAUUAUCUUUCGCAUAAUCUUACUCUGCAUCACCUUCGAUGUAGUCCCCUUGGGAGUGAGAACAUCGGUCCCAACCAUUCUACCACUCCUGAAAUGCGUCCUGAAAGUCUUCUUUAAUUAGGGUAUUUAGUAGCAUUAGCGAUUCGUCUUGAGCCCAUUGUAUCAAAUUUUCAACACAGAAACGUAUCGGCAUCUCGAUACAAGCAUUUGGAAGUCUCUUGACAGGUGCCAAAUGUUAUUGUAUCCUCCUCCGUGUGACCUUUCGCUGCCGCACUCGGGACAAGUCACAGAGAGCGCUGCGGUACGGUUGCCCAAGACGGCCGGCCCGCCCCCAGUUUGUACAGUCGUAGCUUAGGAAACAUUAACUCCAGCUAACAGCAUCUCUAACGCGAGGCACCCCGUGCCUCGGCGCCGCUAGUCAGACUCAUACUUUUAGUUCACUUCUCACUCAUUUUACUUAAUUUAUUGUAUUAUUUAUUUACUUAUGCUCUAGUUAUCAUUAUUUAUUUCUUUAGUUGUUUAGGUUAGUUAGGUACAUAUUACUCGUUCAGUUCUUUAAUUAAAAGGUGAUACAACAAAUGUAUGUGAUUAUGUUUUAUGUCCAAGACCUAUGUAGUUGAGAACUGUGUAAUUAUAUGUCAAGAAGCUUA